AAAUGUUGGACUAGUGUGGCCAUGUAGAUACCAGCUGAGGUCUGCACCGCCGCCAUAUUGUGUCCGGCUGCUGCUGCUGCUCCGUGUAUUACCAUCUACAGCAACUCCACUACUACAAUGCAGGGGACGAAUCUUUCUAGCUUGAAAAGACAUCCAGCUCUGAUCCCACUGUACAUUUUUGUGGGUGCUGGUAUGGCUGGUGCAUUCUUCUAUACGCUUCGUCUGGCAUUCAAAAACCCGGAUGUAACGUGGAACCGUGUCACCAACCCAGAACCUCAAAAGGAGUAUGCUGAAAAGCAAUACAAAUUCUACUCGCCGGUUCGUGACUACUCUACGUACAGGGCUCCAGUUCCCAAGUUUGAUGAUGAAAAUUAAGAUGUACAGCAUUAGCCAGUAACUGGUAUUUCUAUAUUCAAAUGUAUAAUAGUAGUGUUGAGAUAAUGUCAUACAGAUGUCUCAACAGGUUUCAAUGCCACAAAUUUUAAAAUUGCCAGAUGCUGUAGUUACUGCUAAACCUUUUAAUCAUGUUUCAAAUACUGCUGUGGCAUCAUGGACAAUAAUAACAUAGUUUCAGCUCUUACUGCAAUGUGAACUGACAAUAAUUAGAUUUUAAGGGAAUUUUACUGUGCUCUUAGCAUAAUUAGCUUAUUUAAUUUUGAAUUUUUAUGAAUUAACUUCUGCCAGAGAUGGAGUACUGAAGAUGUGGGUUUUAUUAUUUGAUUUGUACAGUUAUGGUGUAGAUAUUUAAAAAAUAAAAUAUCUUAAGAGUA